AAUUUAGUCAUACCGGAAGCUUACAUGUACACGUCAACCGAUAAGUAAUAAUAAAAACAAAACGAAGCUCAGGUGAUUAGAGAAUACAGAUUUUUUUCGACCAACAACACGUUGUUUAGAAAGUGUCAUUGACAACUACUGUUCAGGAAAAAAUGAAGAUUGUUUUGUUGUAUGGAUUGAUUUUUUUACUGUCCUCAUCAACAGUUUUUGGAGCUUUUGGAGGACAUGACAAAUACAAUGAUAGAAUGCUACUAUCUGAAGUCUCAGCAUUAACACUUUAUCAUGGUAGAAUGACAAAUGCUAGAAGGUCAUCCCCUGUUCCUCAGUUAAAAUGUGUUGGAGGUACUGCUGGUUGUCAAGCAUUUGUUCCACAAGUGGUACAGUGUUAUAAUAGAGGAGGUGAUGGCUAUGAUGUACAGUGGGAAUGUAAGACAGAUAUGGAUAAUGCCUACAGAUUUGGGAAGGUUGAGGUUGUAUGUGAAGGCUUUGAUCAUCCAGAUGACCCAUACAUACUCAGAGGCUCAUGUGGGUUGGAAUACACAUUAGAUUUGACAAUGGAAGGACACAUGCAUAAAAAACAGAAAAACCAUGACUAUUAUGGUUCUCAGCACAGUAGUCAUCAUGAUAAUUACCACCAAAGACAUCAACAAGGAACUUUUGGAAAGCAAUUCUCCUCCAUAUGUAGUGAUAUUAUAAUUCUGUGCAUUGUUGGAAUCAUAAUCUAUGCCAUAUACAGGACUUGUAUAGCUGAUAGAUCACAUGGCCAGUCAGGUGACCCAUCAUUCAGAUCACAUGACAGAGGAUCCAGACCUCCACCUCCAGGUUUUAGACAAGACUACAUGCCAAACAAUGGGGAUUCUUGUUCUGGUACUUACACUGGGAACACACAAGGCACACACCAACAACAACAGCCACAAGGAGGUGGAUUCUGGACAGGAGCAUUUACAGGUGGCAUGCUGGGAUAUCUGAUGGGCAACAACAGAAAUUCUUAUGGCAGCCAUACAUAUGCCUCACCAUACAACCAGCCAUACACAAACUACAACAGACCAGGGUGGGGCAGUUGGUUUGGUGGUGGAAGAACUGGAUAUGGUGCUGGAGGAGGUGGUUGGGGUGGUGGUGGAGGAGGUUUGGGAGGUGGAAGUACCAGCUCCAGUAGUGGAACACGCACUGCCUCAGGUUUUGGAGGAACAAGGAGGAGAUAAAUAUAUGUUGUGACAGUUGUUGGUGAUUGUGAUCAGUGGAAUGUGUGUGGCAAACUGAGAUAUUGAUAAUUGUGAUAAAUGUAUGAAAUAACUUGUGAUAUUUAAGAGUGUUGUUUAUGAAUUCUAUAAACUGAAGCUUUAUAAUGUUGUCUACAUGUCUACCAUAGCCAUCAGCAUGAAUUGUGCAACUGAUUUUCAGACAUCUUCUUGUUUGUCAUUGAUGUCUCUAUUCUUUGAUGAGGGGACAUGGUAAUGUGGUAUGGUGUUUUAUCACACAAUUUUAUGGAAAAUAUUUGAUAAUAACAAACAUACCAUCUUUAAUAUUAAGAUUGUUUGCAAAAUAUGAAUUUCAAGAUGACUUUGGGUUCAGAUUGACUUGAAUGAGGUGAUGUGACACAUCGGAUUAAAGAUGUUUACUUGUAAAAUAUCAUUCUCAUCAAUGACGGAAAGUUUUCAUACUUAUACUGUUAAAUUAUCACUUAUAACAGUAAUUUAUCUGUGAUAAAGACAAAUUUUUACAAAUUUCUAAUUACAGGUAGAAUUUUAUAACAGGUCAUAUUUAUUUGUUAGUGUUGAUGUUUAUUUAAAAUGUUCCAAAGGAUGAGAUAUGAUUGAAACGAUUUUUAGGUUCCUUAAUCACAAAAUUCUUGAACUCAUACUUUUGAAGUGGUAUUUCCAACAGAAAAUCUGGUUAUAAAUUUGGGGUAUUACAAAAGUCAGGCAGGCAGGGGACUCAAGCUAUUUCUGUGCAAUAACUACAGCCUUGUUUGACCAAUGUUUUUUUUAAAUUUCAAUAUGUUGAAACUGAUGACAAAAAGGGAGGUCAAGUUCAAUACAGAUUUAUUUCACUUACUGUUAAGUGUUUGAUUUGGAAAUUGCAUUCUAUAUCAAUACCAUGUCAUAAAUUGAGAAUUCUUGAUCCAAUUCUUUUUAAAAAUUCAAUAUGUUGUUUCUCAUGACAAAAUGGAGGCCAAGAUUGGUUUAUAAAUAUUUUCACUUUUGCAGUUUAAGUCUGUUCCAAUUUUAUCUAGUGGAGAGUUGUGAGACACUCAAAUCAAUUAAAUAUGGGUGGCUUCAUUUUCUUAAGAAUUUUGUAAGAAUUAAAAUAAUUUUUUUUAAAUUAAUUUUAUGGGUGGUUGGGGUCUCAAAAAAAGUGCCUCCCAUGCAUUUAAUUUUGGAACAGCCCUUUAUUCCUCUAUAACAAUGGUACUUAAGAAUGUAAGAACAACCCUGUUUGUUUUCAGCCUCUUGUUUAUUAAAUUAACUACAUUUGAGGACCAAGCAAGUAUGUUCUGUAGAAUUCCAUUAUAUUGUUAUCAAUGUCUGUAAACUGAUGUCUUGCGGUGACUCACUGGUACUUGAUUUCCGGCAUUGAAAUUGUGGGGCUCGACAAUGUGCUGAUAAUCACACAGUAUUGUAAUAUUCUACAUAAAUGGAUAGAGUAGCUUUUUUAUGUUUUGGAAUGUUAUUUAGUUAUUGAGUUUUGGGAUAUAGAUAUACCAGAUUUUUAUUGAUCAAAACACUCUAUACCAUUUAAAGAUAAACAUUUACUCAAAGCAUCAGAAAUAUCAUAAAAUAAUACCAGAAAAGGAACUGUGGAUUUUGUUACAUAAAAUGAAGUGAUGAUUUUGUUUUGAUGUUGUAUCUGUCAUAGUCGCCAGAGGACAUGUAUACAAUGAAUAAGAAAUUUAGUUAUUUAUGCAGAAAAGAAUUGUGUAAACCUUAAAUCUUGAUAUAUCAUUAAUUUUUCAACAGCAUAGUUAACCUCUGAUAUAUCAUUAAUUUUUGAACAACAUUGUUAACCUCUGUAAAAUAGCUUUUUUUCUUUUUUCUGAUACACUUGUUAUCUUGUGCAAUUUUCUGUUUAAUACAAUAAAUAUUUAUUUAUUUU